GGCCAUUCUUGUCGCCAAAUCGCUUUUUUGAUCGAAUUCGUUUUGUAAAGCACAGGUUGCAAUCCAUGGUCUCUCCUAUCAAUGAAUACACUCUAGAAGACAAUACUGUCUUCUCUAUCGAAGGCAAGGGUUUAAAGCUGAACACUGCUGAAGAUGUGCAGCCCUUUGUCGAUACCAUCCUCCAGAUGGACGAUCUUCAGGAAAUCAGAAUGAGUGGUAACACCAUUGGUGUUGAGGCUGGCAAGGCUUUGGCUAGCGCUUUGCAAUCACGAAAGAACAUCAAGAUUGCCAACCUUUCAGAUAUCUUUACUGGUAGACUUCGUGAGGAAAUUCCACCUACUCUCAAGGCUAUUUGUGAUUCUUUGGAAGACAAGGAGAGUCUGAUUGAAUUGAACCUCUCUGACAAUGCCUUCGGCCCCGCUGGUGCUGAGCCAUUGAUUGAUUUCUUGACCAACAACCGAUCCUUGCAAAUCCUUCGUUUGAACAACAAUGGUCUUGGUAUUGGUGGAGGUACUAUGAUUGCCAAGGCUCUUUUGGCAUCUGCUAACAAGGCUAAGGAGGAGAACCGCACGUCAUCUUUGCAUACCAUCGUGUGUGGCCGCAACCGUUUGGAAGAUGGCUCCAGCCAAGCUUUGGCCGAUGCCUUUGCUGCUCAUGGAACUUUGGUAGAAGUCAGAAUGCCUCAAAAUGGCAUUCGCCCUGAUGGUAUCAGUAACCUUGUCAAGGGUCUCGCUGAAUGCAAGAAUCUCAAGCACUUGGAUCUUCAGGACAAUACCUUCACUGCCAAGGGAUCAGUUGCUUUGGCCAAGGUUUUGCCUACCUGGGAGCAUCUUACCCAUCUCAAUCUCGGUGAUUGUCUACUUUCUCGAAAGGGCGGUCUCGCCGUGUCCGAGUCCUUGAAGCUUGGCAAGAACAAGAAGUUGGAAUGGAUCAACUUGCAGUACAAUGAAAUCCAAAACGACGGUAUUUCCGUCCUUGCUCUCGCUAUUGAAGAACAUCUUGAUCAACUUACUGGUCUGGAACUGAACGGAAACAGAGUUGAAGCCGAAGACUCCUCCAUUCAGAAUAUUAUCAGUGCCCUCACGAAAUGGGAGCAUGAAGAUGCUUUAGAUGAACUCGAUGAUAUGGAAGAACUCGACAGUGAUGAGGAAGAAGAAGAAGAGGAAGAGGAAGAUGAAGAGGCAGAAGCUGAGGCUGAUGAACUCGCAGAUAAACUUGGUAGUACCCAUAUUUGAGAAAAGCCUGUAAUUUAAAAGCUACCAUAGAGGAUAGUGCUACUAUACAACAAUCCAUAAGACCAAUAUCGAUAUACAUUUAUACAUAUAUUUUUUUUUCUCUCCAACACCUUUAUCAUGCAUGCUACAUUACAAUUUUUUGGUUGCAGGUUUCGAAAUUGUCUGUGUUGCAAAAAAAAAAAAAAAUACUUUAAGCGUAGAUAUCGGCAUUUCCAUCAUUGCCCAGACUUUCUUCUUCUGCUCCUCCGUAGAAACUCAUUAGCCGUCAUCGCUUGGACUGUCUGUUGCAAUGUCAAGUUUUUUCGACGUAGCUCUUUCUGCUGCCAUGGU